AUGGGAGGAUUGGCAUGUGCAUUAGCGUUGGCAAAGAAAGGAUUCACCAGCAUUGAUGUAUUUGAAACUGCAUCAAAUCUCGGAUUCGUAGGAGCUGGAAUCCAAUUGGCACCAAAUAUGGCCAGAAUCCUUGACAGAUUAGGCGUGUGGGCCGAUAUUGAGAGAGAAGCGGUUGACUUGAAAGAUACAAGUAUCAGAAAUGGUGACCAAGACAACGAACUCGGCCAUGUAGACCUUCUCUACAUCCGAGAAACCUACGGCUACCCUCACAUGGUUGGCCACCGUUCCUCACUCGCUGGCUCCUUAUACGAAGGCUGCAAACGAGAAAAGAGCAUUAAAUUCCAUUUCUCAACCGCCGCUUCAGAAGUAGAAUCCUGGUCCCCAAAACCAACCAUCAAAGUCCACCCUCGUGAGGGCUCUCCUUAUUCUGUGCAAGCAGACAUCAUCCUCGCCAGCGAUGGCCUCAAAUCCGGUGUCCGAGACCAGAUGCUAAAACUAUUGAAAAUCGACGCUCAAGUCAUCGAUACGAAUCAAGCUGCGUAUCGAAUCAUGCUCAAAAGAGAAGACAUGCAACACGACCCCGAACUCCUGGAGCUAAUCGAUAGCGACCGAGUAACGAGAUGGAUAGGAGAGAAGCGUCACAUCAUAGCCUAUCCCGUCUCCAGCAAGCAGAUCUACAAUCUCUCCACUGUUCAACCCGAUAAGAAUUUCGCCGAAGCACCGUCAGCUACGUACACAACCAAAGGCUCGAAACCAGAAAUGCUGAAAGUGUUCUCCGAUUUCUGUCCUAAGAUCCAGAGAAUGCUGGAUUUGGUCCCUGAUGGAGAAGUGUGUGAGUGGAAGCUCAGAGUUCACAGUCCGUUGCCGACCUGGGUACACGGUUCUGUGGCUCUGGUUGGAGAUGCUUGUCACCCCACACUUCCUCAUCUCGCUCAAGGAGCCGCACAGGCUAUCGAAGAUGCAGCUGUCCUUGCUGUUGUUCUGGAUAAAUGUCCUGACACGAAGCCUGAGAGUAUCAAUAAGGCAUUGAAGGUUUAUCAAGAACUGAGGAAAGAGAGAGCGGAGACGUUGGUGGAGUUGGCUGCUGCGUCAGGCAGGGCUUUACAUUUGGGUGAUGGAGCUGCGAAAGCAGAGAGAGAUAAGCAGUUUGCGGCGCUGAAGGAGAAGAAAGGUGCUGUGCCUGAUAAGUGGGCGGAUGCCGAUGUGCAGAAGAAGAUCUAUGGGCAUGAUUGUGCGAUGGUUGCAGAGGAGCAGUUCGAUGAGUUGUUUGCGAACACGAAGGCUCAGCUAUGA